AUGAUCAAAUCCGAACAGGAGGUUGGAAGCAGGAAUGGCUAUGAUUACCUGAAAGCAACCUUGUCCGGAGCAUUAAAUCAAGAAGCACGGGCGAGAAUAGACGCUUUGGUACAAGAAGUAGCAGCUCUGAAGGACAUAGAGAAACUGUUGUUCUGUCUUUUGCUCCCCGUCGAUGGAUCCGGCGGCAACAACUCACUCGUUGGUUCAGUUCUUGGACUUACCUCCGAGGAGUCCGACCUUUCGGGUCAUGGCAUGGAACUCAGUGCAAUGGGUGUUGGAUUAUUUUCUCCUGGAGGAGCUUCUGCCUUACACUUAUCAAAUCAGGUCGAACAAAGUCAAGCUUACACUUGGAUUAUGUCACACUUGGAGGAAGACCCGUCAACUUGUCUACGGAAGGAUGAAGUUUACGAAGAUUACAGGUUAGCGUCAGGUCGAUGGUUCUAUCCAUUGCGUGCUUUGUUUUUGGCCCCGCUCUGCUAG